CUAUCCCAUUCCUUUUUUAUUAUGAUAUGAUUUUAGGGUGCUUUAGACAAUACAUGCGAAUUAGGUAUUGAAAAGGACACAAGUGUAGCAAAAGGGACAAAAUACUGAUGAUCACAACCUGGAGAUGAAGAUCACGGCCAAGAACAAAGACGACUAACUCAAGGAAAAGAUUGCGGCCUCGAAGCCUAAGAUCACGGCCACGAUCUUGGAGGUUGAGGGUGCGAACUUUGUGAAGAAGCCAGCGAGGAGAAAUAGAGAGUCUCCCCAGUCCGAUCACGGCCAUAGUUCGCAUUAAAUGUGAGGAAGUUCACGGUCGCGAUUCACGGAUCGCGACCGUGAAGUCAGCCCGCAAACUCCUCGUGUUUGAAGGCCAAAAUGGCAACAUCGACAAAUCACGACCUUAAGGGAGAAGAUCGCGACCAUGAUCUUCAAGCUGCCUGUCCGCGAUAUUCUCCGUCCUCUGAAGACUAUAAAUAGAAGACCCCCUUUCCCCAUUCAAGAGAGCUGAUUUUGGAGAUAGAAUUUUUGGUUAGAGAGAGAAACAAGAGAGAGAAGCUGAAGAAAGGAGAGGAGGGGAAUAAAGAGGAGGAGCUAGAAGAAAGGAGUCAUCCUCCUCGACAUCAAGUCUUCCCCUAUUUCUUCUAUGAACCUUCUUCCCUGCUUUAUGGAGCAGUCCUCUAAGGUACUAGGAGUUCUAAACUCCAAACCCUAGUUCUAGGGUUACUAUGUAAUGAAUGGAUAUUCUAGGGUUUUAAUGAAUGCAUGUGUUUAUCUAGUUGAUUUCAUUGUUUAUCUAGCUUUCAUUGUGUUUGGGUAAGUCGCCCUAAUCUUCUCUACUAGCCUACUUUAGCUUUACAUUGGGUAUGGAGUUUUAGGGUUAGACGGGUAUGCGCCAUCAAACAAAUUGAGGUUAGAUGUAUGAAUAGGAUCCUAUGGUGGAUGAGGCGGUCGUACCCCUACCAUAGGAAUGCCUUCCUAGAUAGAACUUGGGAUAAAACCUCGGUGUGGACGGUGGGUAGUACCCAUUGAAAGGAGCUAUGUUCUUAAUGCCACAGAUACGAUAGCCUAGAUCGAGGUGACUAACAUGGGUUUAGGGGAGGCGUACUCAGAGGCAUGUGGAUACCAUGAAAGCCCACGGAAAAGAGCUCACUCACCACAUUCGACAAACCCUAUUUAUCUAGACAUUGCAUAGUAGCCCUAGACUAGGGUGAGUGAUAGUUCCCCGAAGUACCUACUUUUAUCCUUAUUUGUUCUCUCUACUAGUAUUCCGCUUGAAUUCUUCACCACAAACCCUUAAACCGAUUGACUAGAUAACAACAACGUGGGAAAUAGGCUAUGGUACCGAGCCCCGAGUGAAUACGACCUUGAUUGCCACUAUAUGACAACGCUACUCUAGGUUAAACUUGGCCUAGGAUGGGGUAGUUAUUGAGACGUGCUAACUAUUGACAAUGACUUGCACAGAGUGAAUCGAUCAAGCUUUUUGACGCCAUUGUCGGGGACCCUUAGUAACUAGUAGAAAACCAUUGAGUUGUUAGUUUAGCCUUUAUUUUCUUCAUUUUUUUGUUUGUGUUUGUAUUAUUUCCAUAGUUUUUAUCGUUUUAUGUUUUGUUAUCCAACUUUGUGCGUCACGGGUUGUUGAAUUUGUGUCUUGUAACACUUUUGUAUGCAAAGAAGGGACUCUUUGGAGACAUUUCCUCUUGAUACAGAAAUCGAGAGAACCCUUCGGAAUCAAAGAAGAGUUGCAAGACAUCAACCUCCACUAAUGGCGGAUCAACAACAACUACCUCAAGUUCCACCAAGGCCUAGAACAAUGGGAUCAUACUCAAGGCCAAGUGUGGAUAAUGUUCAAUCACAUAUUCUUCACCAAAAAGUGUCGAACAACAACUAUGAGAUAAAGUUGGGCACAAUUUUGAUGCUUCAAAGUGCAGUUCAAUUCAAUGGGAUGAUGAGUGAAGAUGCUCAUGCACAUAUCAAGUCCUUCUAUGAGUUGACGGAUGGAAUCAAGGUGAACGGGGUUCCUUAAGAAGCAAUUCGUCUGAGGUUAUUUUUUGUUUACUCUAAAUGGAGAGGCAAAGCAAUGGUUGAAUAAGCAUCCCCAUCACUCCUUUGUCUCGUAGGACGAUCUCUACAAUAAGUUCUUCGCACAGUACAUUCCACCUUCUAAGACGACUCUAAUGAGAAGCGAGAUGACUAUGUUCUGUCAAGAGGAUGAUGAACCAUUGUUUGAAGCAUUGGAAAGGUUUACAUCUCUCCUAGUAAAAUGUCCACACCAUAGCAUCGCCGAUUGGUUACAAGUAGAAAGCUUUUAUAAUGGUUUAACAAGGGAGUCACACCACCUCAUCGAUGCGGCUAGUGGAGGUACCAUAAGGAACAAGGAGGUCGAUGAACUUCAAAGAUUGAUUGAAGAAAUGGCUCUGAAUAGCUACGAUUUGGGGAGGGGAGGGGGCAGAAGGAGAGGUAAGGAUGUGAAGAAGGGAAAUUUAUUUAAGAUUGAAGAACCAUCGUCAUUAGCAGUACAUAUACAAGAACUUUCCAAGAAAAUUAAUCAAGUUGCAUCAUCAAUGAAAGGCAAUGGGAAGCAACUCAUGAAAUGUGAUUGGUGUGGCGACUCGAGUCACACUAUGGAGGAUUGUAAGUCUAUAAUUGAGGGCUCAAUUCAAUUUAAGCAAGCCAAAUUUGUUGGAGUGCAAUCUCGAAGAAACAACCCUUAUAGCUCUACAUAUAAUCCGUGUUGGAGGAACCAUCCUAACUUUCUUUGGUCUUCUCCGACGGAUAGAAAGCCUCCAAGGUUUCAAUCUCAAGCUCCUAUUCAAAAUGCUUACCCAAGGCUGAGUCAACCCUCGUACCAAGGAACAAACCAAGAACAAAGUCGACCAUCCGAGGGUUGAGUUUCUAAACUUGAAGACUUGGUAGGCCAAUUCUUUACGCACUCAAACAAGAAGUUUGAGGCUGUUGACAAAGUCAUAGAGAAUACUAUGACCAAAUUCUCAAGUUUGGAAGCGGGUCCAUUAGUGAAGUUACUUCGACAUCUGUUGGAUGUGAGGGUGUCCCUCCAAAAUUAAGAGAUACGGGAAUC